AGAUCUUCUGGUUUCUCACACUCUAGAGUACAGGAGUGAAGCAGAUAGCUGUUCUGCCUUUCUCCCUCUCUCUGCAACGGACGAUGUCUUUGUUUCUAUCCACACCAUCAGCUCUUCUUAUCUACCAUAACAAAACCUUGGGUAUUCGCACCCACACCGUCUCCACAACAGCAACCACAACGAAGAAAAUAAGAGUUGUGAAACCCCACAUCCCUCGCUUCACCGCUCAGAUCGCAGACCUCGCUCCUGCUGCCUCCGCAGUCUACGGAACUCUCCUCUUGGGAGGCGGUCUCUUCGCAUAUACAAGAUCGAAAAGCAAGGGUUCGCUUCUUGGAGGUGUGUCGGGAGCUAUUCUGAUGGCAACGGCUUAUUUUCUUAUGCAAGUGCCUGAGACAAAAGAUCUUGGUGAUGCCCUUGGAUUUGGAUCCGCCUUCAUCUUUUCUUCUGUAUUUGGUAUACGCUUGGCAGCGACUCGUAAAUUAAUUCCUGCAGGGCCUUUACUGGGUCUUUCUGUUUGUGCAUUGGCUGUGUUUAUCUCAGCCUAUCUGCAAGACAGGAUCUAAUCCUGGUCACGUUUUGAGGUCUCUCGCUAGGACAUCGGCAACGUUUUGCACAUAAAUGUUAACGGUAUAAAGAGAUGUAAGAGUGUCUGUGUGCACCUCUGUAACUUCUGUUGUUCUGUAAGCUGAGUGUAUUUUUUUUUUUUUUUUUUUAAAUUUUAUUUUUAACCUUUGCAUUGUAUAUGCCCUUCGUGUUUGUGGAUUUACUAGUACUUUCUGAUUUUUGUCUUAUGUGCGGUGUUUACUGCUUUU